UAUUCGAGUGACCAGGUAGUAGUUUUGGGUCAAGUGACAGGUCACCGGACAUUAUUGGGGCUGGGCAGUUGACCAAGUAUUCGUUGGACUUUAGGAUAUUUUGUCAGUCAAGAUAAUUGGUUGAAUAAAGGAUAUUUAACUGUCCAGGUAUUUGGUUAACAAGAAGAUACAGUGGCCGGGUAUUCGUUGGACCAAACAAUAUUCAACCGUGAGGAAAAUCGUGGAUAAAAGAAGAAUACCAAAGCGUUUAUUCAAAUCGAGGAAAUCCCUUGACCUUUUUUCAAUAUUCAUGAUCAUAUGAAGUGGACUUCAUCCAAUACCGUAAAGAGAGAGAGAGAGAGAGAGAGAGAGAGAGAGAGAGAGAGAGAGAGAGAGAGAGAGAGAGAGAGAGAGAGAGAGAGUAGUCCCCGCUCGGCGUUUAAAGGGAACGCUAUAAGGAUUAGGACGGCAGGCUGAAGUGCAGCCGUCAGUGUGUCGUACGAAAGAUUCCAAUUCCUCAGCCGUGUUACAGAAUCCAUAACUUGCAAUCGGCGAUCUCUGAGAACACGACCUAGCAGAACAGGCACCAGAUGUGUCGUGGGUUGUAGCCGAGGCACACAGGUCUGGGGCAGAUUAGGGGGCAACACCCUCCCUUAGACGGUAGCGCCCCACCCCCUCCUCACAAGGCCGGGAUACCUGUGGGAACCACGCCUUGUUGCCUUCAAGACUUCUCCAACAUUGACCACUGUGGUAUGUAAACCAGCGGGAAUCAGUUGUCUCGUACUUCAUCAUGGAGGAAGAGUUGGCAGAUGACCUCGGUAUCCAGGCCGCCCUCCCAGGCCUCACCAGCAGCACCACGCCACAGGGAAACACCAGUAUAAGAUGCUUGACCAACACGGACAUCAUAGCCAUGGUGAAGAUUUGGGCCGAGAGCCCGAAUAUGGAGAUGGUUAACUCCUCCAACUGCACAUACAACGACGUCAUCGAUUGGCUGGACCACCAAGACCCCAGCAAACCCGCCAUCUUGACCAUGGGACGCCAGUUUUACGCCUACUUCACACCUCUCAUCAUGAUCGUGGGCAUCAUCGGCAACUCCCUGUCACUCAACGUCUUCUUAUCGAAGAAAAUGCGGACCCUCUCCGCUAGCACCUACCUCGCCGCCUUGUCAACGUCAGAUUUAACGGCGUUGUUGUUCUACGUCAUGAUCGAAUGGCUGAUUAGGGGAAUUCCCGUCCUGCACCCGUACAAGCGGGUGACGUUUAUGCACGUGAAUGGAAUUUGUCAGAUGAUUAUGUAUUUCCACUACGCCUCCAGGUUUCUAUCGGCCUGGCUAGUCGUGGCCUUCACGGUGGAACGCUACAUCGGCGUGUGUCAUCCGUUACGUCGACGGGACGUUUGCACGUUAUCCAGCACCAGGCGCAUCGUAGGGGGACUUGUCAUAGCGUCGCUUGUCCUCAACAUCUUUAAGCCAAUACUGAGUAUCGUGAACGAUGUGGAGAAAUGGGGUCGGAUGUGUACCACGAACCCAGACUACAGACACCUGUCCUUCAUCCUUGAUAGUAUCUUUGCCGUCAUGAUAACGCUUGUGCCCUUCUGCAUCAUCACAGUUCUCAAUCUGCUCAUCGUGAGGAAGCUGGUACUGAGAAACAAGAGGCAGAUGGCGUGUAAGAUCAUCACAGAGGAGAGUAUCAUACGCCUCGAGUUCACCUUGAUACUCCUAGCUGUGUCAUUGUGUUUCAUCGUGUUCAAUGUGCCCUACUUCUCCACAUGGUGUAAGCUGUUUCUCACCUCCAAAUUUGUACAUUUAGCUAAAUUCGACGAUUUCCGUGACUUUGAACAUUUCCAAGGAACACUGUGGAUUACACGUUCGAUUUUCUAUAUUAAUUAUUGUAUAAAUUUCUUCCUGUACAGCAUCACCGGGGCCUACUUCAGGCGCGAGUUGAAAAUGUUAUUCUUUUACCGAUCUCAAAAAUACAAGACAUACACCCGUUGUUCCCGCCUUAAUUCUAACUCCCACACUCCCCAGUCCUGGGUAUAAAAUACCCGGAUGUGUGACUUGCCCCCUCCUGUGCAGUGACAUCGUCUUGCUACAUCCACCGCUUCAGAUCGUUUGGACUUUAUAUCAAAAAAAAUUAAAGAAUGUCUACAUUAAAUCAAAAUAUAAUAAAUGUUAACAGCUGACGAAGUACUGCUGGUUUUCAAGGCCCACCAUUCCAUAUUACACGGAAGCCGAAUGGUAAAGUGAUUGGCAAAAUGAGAUAGUGAUAACAUGUUGUAGGUCCGUGGUUGUGUACCUUAACUGCCCGGCAACAGCAAGUAUGCACUUGGAAACAGGAUUUGAAGCAGUCACCGAAACACUGCAAACUUUAGGUCCAAACCCAUCACCGUCGAAUCACCAUUUCUUGUUAGGUUCAUUUUCACUAUCAUCAAACGUGGGUGUAUACUUUCCUUUGCCUGGCAGUUUAUGUCGUAGUUUUCGAUUGUAGUUUCUGUGGGUUUGUUUUGUAGUUUGUAAUUGUUUGCAUAAGUUUGUAUAUAUUUGUGUAUCUUUGAAUAUAUUUGUAUAUGUUUGUAUACUUCUUUGUUUGUAGAGUAAGAUUACGUCUUUUUGACGUUUGAACUAUUUAAGCCUGUUGUCGGUCUGUGAAAAUGUUUCGGGAAUGAUCGCCAUACUGAGGCAGCAUUCAGUCCCCUGUCAGCUCUAAAUGUAUGUUCCGUCAGUCUGUCCGUCCUCUAGUGCCCUACUCCCAAAAGACCUACCUUUGUACAAUGCCUAUACACGUGAUUGGGGCUUCCUUUCCUAUUUCGAAUCGAUUGUUGACGUUCUUUUUAUAUUUAUAUCCAAUAGUGAGUGAGUGAGUGAGUAUGGUUUUACGCCGCUUUUAGCAAUAUUCCAGCAAUAUCACGGCGGGGGACACCAGAAAUGGGCUUCACACAUUGUACCCAUGUCGGGAAUCGAACCCGGGUCUUCGGCGUGACGAGCGAACGCUUUAACCACUAGGCUACCCGACCGCCCCUUAUACCCAAUAGAGCCUCACACACCCGCCAAGUGCCCAUUUUCAUAAACAAAUAGAUCUACCCAUCUCCUUUUUCCAUACGCCCAUAGGCAGCUCAAGGAUUCGUACAACGGUCCACACAUGAUAUUUACGCUGGCGAAGGCAUAACGUCUCAAUUUUGUCUUUACGUUAAUUAAGUUGAAUUCCUCGCCAACAAUGCAUCGUUAUACGAGUGGACCAGCACAACACAUCCUUCCCCAAAUACCCUCCCUUCCCUAUGUCUCAUUGUUACCUGUGUUCCGCUGCAGCAUGUCCUUGUACAGAGAUCGCGUAAAGACAAGCCUACCACUAUGCUGGGUUUGUGUAACGACGCCCCUGGCCCUCUUCCACAAAGCGACUUAAGCGCUUUGACUGUCGUAAGUUUACAUUAAUGAAUUAAAGAAGCGAUUGUCCUAUCGCUAAGAUCAUUAAUUUUUGUGGACCGAGAUCCUGGGUCGCGUUUCAGAAAGCGAUCUCAGCUCUACGACUAUUGUAACCCCUAUCCUUUAACAUAAAACCCUAUCACACGGAGUGGUCUUACGAUUAUGUGACUGUUACUGAAUUCACGUAAUGGUGGUCCGUUUGUGCCACCCAAAGCGUUUUCAAGCCAAGAUUAGCGUACGUAAAUAAUAAUCACUUCAGACACUGGAAAUUGGACGGCCGCCACGUUGCACGGGAACCUAUAUGAAUAUGUCUCUUUUUUUAAGACUGCCUCACCAUGUGACAGUGUCGUUGUUCGUUGUUACCGUGAUCUUGUUGUUGGCUAUGCUACACUUUUUUCACAUGGUUUUAUGUCUAUUUUUGUUAUAUGAAUAAAUAUUUGGUUUCAUUUUGUUUUUCUGUUACACUCUACAUGUCCUAUUGCGUUAGUGGAUAUCUAGCUAGCAACUUUACUUCAAAAGGGACUUGAACCCAGAUAUACUUAUUGUGCACAAAAAAUAAUCCCUUGCUUUACAUAAUGGCAAUAGUAAAUGUGAUCAUAAUAAAAAAUAUAUAAAAAUAUAUUAAAAUGGCAUGGCAUUACAACCUUGGUUAUCUUCGUCAAGGCAGAACACGGUAUUUCGAAGUCGGUUCAAUGGUUAUUUGUGUCAAAAAGAAUAUACUUUUCUAAUGGGAAUUAAAAAUAA